CAGACGUCGGCUGGGACCCGCUCGGGGAGACACACGCACACGCACACGGAGCGCCAGCGCGCUGGGAACGAGUCGCACCGAAACAGCAACCACAAAACGAGCCUACAGGCUGGGAAUGUAAGAGCUGCUCGCAAGCUGAGCGGUGAAGAAGAAGAAUACGGAGGAGUGCGUUUAAUAUAUUAUAUAUAGAUAUUUUUGGAAAUAAACUGCAUCUACAUUACUGCUGCUAAGAUUUUUAAAAUAAAUUAAUCUGCCAUAUAAACCUCGUGCUGCUAUUGAGACACUUUUGCGGAGCUUCGCGUCUGGAUCGGGGUUCCAUAUAUAUACACACACACGUAUAUAUAUUUUGAGGAAUAUAUCACAUCACGUUCCCAUACUCUUCCUCCAUCACCAUCAGUUCCGCGCAGAGCCCCCCGUGAUCCUCCUCCUGCCUCGUGCCCCAGGUUUGCACCAUGAGCCAGGCGGACGUGUCCACUUGCUCUGCGCCGCAGCGGGUGUUCCAGGAGGCGGUGCGCCGCGGAAACACCAAGGAGCUGCACUCCCUGCUGCAGAACAUGAGCAGCUGCGAGUUCAACGUCAACUCGUUCGGACCCGAGGGCCAGACCGCGCUGCACCAGUCGGUCAUCGACGGAAACCUGGAGCUCGUCAAGCUGCUGGUGAAGUUCGGGGCGGACAUCCGGCUCGCCAACCGCGAGGGCUGGAGCGCGCUGCACAUCGCCGCGUUCGGGGGCCACCAGGACAUCGUGCUGUACCUCAUCACCAAGGCCAAGUACUCGAACGGAGCCCGGUGAUGCAUGCAGGAUCUCUCUCUCUCUCUCUCUCUCUCUCUCUCUCUCGCAAAAAGACGAACCACGGACUUUCCUUCUGGCCAAAACUUCAGACAGCGCGCUUGAGUUUAUUCACCUAAAACCAAAUGAGCGCCAUGGAGCCGGCUGGGGUUUAAACGGAUCACAUGUCCUCUAACUAACUCCUAAAUCAUCCGGGCGUCGGUUUGGUACUAAAGCUUUUUUUUCCUGAAUUUUUAAAAUCGCCCUAAUUGAUUGUUCCAGAAACAUCAGACUCAUUUAUUUUUUUUCUGGAAGGAUUGAUGGAUGACCCUUUGCUCCUCAAAGUUACUGAACAUUGUUUUAAAUAAAAAAAAAUGAAAACACACGGAUGGAUGGAUGGCACUUGAGGUAUGCUGGAAAAGGGAAUUUAUUCAUUUUUUGGGGUCUACACUGUUCCUGAGAACCUGAAAUGUCAUGUGGUUCUGUUGUUGUUGUUGUUUUUGUUGUUUUGCAAUCAGUUAAAGCAUUUAAUUCUAAACGCGUCUAAAUAAUAUUCUGAACAAAUGUCUAUAAAUAACAGCACGUGGAGUUCAAUUGAAAGUACUGUACAUCAUAGCUUUACUUCUAAAUCAGAGUAGUCCAGUGCGUCCUGCAGUCACCUACAGCACAUGCUAUAGAGGUGUGUGUGUGUGUGUGUGUGUGUGUGUGAGAGAGAGAGAGAGAGAGAGAGAGAGAGAAAACUGCUGCUUUUCGCUUUUCACGUCAGGAAAGUUGCGUUUGGUGUAGACUAGCAAUUUCUCAGUAUUUUUUGGUUUGUUGUUUUUCUUCUCUUUAAUUUUACCAUCCUGGUCAUCACUGUGAAAUACAGGCUGGGCUUCUUAUUUAUGAAGGUACAUUGGUGGUGAUGAUGAUGAUGAUGAUGGUCAUGAUGAUGCAUCUAUGUUUUAUUAUUUUUAAAGUCCGUGAUUAAAUUGGAGUUUAGGGGAAAUAAGCUGCUCAUCGUCUCCUGUAAAUUGUGACUUUGUGGCAUUCUGUAUCCCUGCAUUCUUUUUUAACGAUUCGUUUUUAAAGCUGUAGUCCGCGUGCAUGCUUUCACCUCGCACCUGUGUGACGUCACCACGACAUCAGCGCAGGUGUGCUGGAGCGACAGAAUGCUAUUUAUCUCCGUAUUUAUCUCCUGAAAUCCUGUAAAUCCGUCACACGUUCCCUCUGGUGUGUGUGUGUGUGUGUGUGUGUGUGUGUGUGUUAUGGAUCUCUGCAUCAGCUACCUCGACAUAAAGUAUUCUCUUUUUUUUAAGGCUAGUGAUCCGUCUCAUAACCUUCAUCAUUCCCUUAUUCUAGUAAAGAGAGAGAGAGAGAGAGGGAGAGAAAGAUUAUCUCUCAUUCUCUAAAAUUGUAAUUUUUACUCCAGAUCAUCCGACAACCAAAAUGAAAUCAAAACCAUAUUGAUUCAUAUUAUUAUUAUUGUUAUUAUUAUUUGAAAGUCAGCCAAACGCUCACCUUUGUGUGUCACUUUGUUUGUUUGUUUGUUUGUUUAGUUACAAAAAGUGACAUGAUUUAUUAUAUGCAGGGAGAUUUUGUUGCACAAAAAUCACGGAGCCUUUAUUUCUCUUAUUAUUAUUAUUAUAAUACGUUUUAUUUCGCGCCCCCUAGUGCCUGCUCGGGUAACUGCAGGAUUUCAAGCUUCAUAAAGAGAGAGAAAGAGAGAAAAAUCAAGUGACUACUGAGCGCCACUCAACUCACAUACUGUUGAACAAAGACUGUUGUGUGACUUAUUGCAGGGAUGAAAAAUCUUCAGAUUUUAGAAAAGAAAACACAAUAGAAAACAAAUCAGACAUGGAGCAGAUCUCCCAUCACCGCGUUUGUGUUCGAGUUUCAGCCUGAUGUGUUUCAAUGCUGCUUUCAUUUACAUUAUUGUUGUCUGUUAUUUUUUAUUUUAAAGCAACCAGUGAGUGAAAAAGGAGGAAAGGUGCAGUUAAAGUUGUCAAACCUCCUGAAUGUGUGUGUGUGUGUGUGUGUGUGUGUGUGCAUGUGUGUGUGUGUUGAAUGCAUACCACUGUUGAACUGGUUCUUGCUUGCUUGGCCCCGUUCAUAAGCCCUGGUUAGUCUUAAAAACAUUUCUUUAAGUAAUUAAACCCUGGAGAAAGUAACAACACCGCGAGUCCGAGGCGAUCUGAGUAAAAGAUUAAAUAUGCAUUGCAUGUCUUGAACUUGAUAACUUUUUUUUAAAUAAAAAAAUUGCACUGAUGACUGUUCACUUGUUGGCUUUUGCGUCAACAUUUAUAAUUUUUUUUUCUAAAUGGAAAAAAGGAACACGACAAAAAAAGCUCCAGGUUCUAGUUGUCGUAUACAUAUAUAUAUAUAUAUGUAUGUAUGUAUGUAUGUAUGUAUGUAUGUGUGUAUAUGUAUAGAAAUAUAUAUCAAUAAAUCAAAUCCAGGACGCUUUCUUUUCUGAAGUGUCCUCCCAAUAUGAGGGGAAUAAAGAACACAAGUGAUGGUAAGAUCAUUGUUUAAAAAAAUGAAUCAGCUGUUAAAAGUUGCACGCUGUUGUUGUUGUUGUUGUUGUGGUUGUUUCGGCUCUGAUUUUUGUCAUAACAUUUAUGACACAGAGAGCCGAAGCGACCACUUUUAUUUUUCAGUGAACUGAAUUUGAAUGAGGUUUUUUUUUUUUUGGACCAACUUGUUGUGAACAAAUUUUGAGUGAUUUUAUUUUAUUUGCGUGUGUGUGUGUGUGUGUUGUGUUUUAUGGACAUGUAACACUGUGAUUUGUCGUGUGCUCAGAUGACGGAGUGCUGUAAAAUGUUUUGUACGUUUGUGUACAAGCCAGUAAAGAAAAAAAUGAAUAAACCUUUAA